AGCCGCCAGCACCCCGCCGGGGGAGAGGAGGCUCGCAGCGCCCAGUCCCGAGGAAGAUGAUCGACUUAAGCUUCCUGACGGAGGAGGAGCAAGAGGCCAUCAUGAAGGUUCUGCAGCGGGAUGCUGCCCUGAAGAGGGCUGAAGAAGAGAGAGUCAGACAUUUGCCUGAAAAAAUUAAGGAUGACCAGCAGCUGAAGAAUAUGAGUGGUCAGUGGUUUUAUGAAGCCAAGGCAAAAAGACACAGAGACAAAAUCCAUGGUGCAGAUAUCAUCAGAGCAUCCAUGAGAAGGAAGAGGCACCCGGGAUCAGGCGAGCAGAGUAAGGACAGAGCAAAGGAAAGCUGGGUGAAUAAUGUCAACAAAGAUGCUUUCCUUCCCCCGGAGCUAACCGGUGUUGUGGAAGAGCCAGAAGAAGAUGUAGAAGCUGCAAGCCUAAGUUCCAGCGUGGUAAAUCCAGCUUCCACCAUGAUUGAUACAUCCCAGGAAAACACACGGAAGUCAGCUGUAUCUCCAGCCAAGCGAAGGAAGAAUCCAUUUAAUAGCUCCAUGUUGCCAGAAGAUCACUUAUCUCAACAGACCAAAAAUGAGCAGUCAAAAAAUGGAAAGGCUGGUUUCUUUCAGACUUCAAAAGAGGGUGAAUUGUCAGAGUCCAAAGAAAAGUCAUCUAUCCUGGAUGUUUCAAGCCAAAAAUUAGAGAAACCAAAGCAGACUUUUCCAGACCCUGAGAUUGGGUCCCAAAUCAAGGCUCCAAUCCCCAAAGCCAGGAAAAUGAUCUACAAAUCGCAUGACUUAAAGCAAGAUGAUGACCAGUCUUCUCCUAGACAAGGGACAGACUCCCUGAACACAAGAGGGGCUCCGAGAGGGAUCCUGAAACACAAUUCCAGUUCCAGUGGCACCGACUCAGAAACUGUUCGUUUCCAUCAGAACUUUGAACCCAAAAGCAAAAUCGCGUCGCCUGGCCUAACCAUCCAUGAGAGAAUUUCUGAGAAGGAGCAUUCUUUCGAAGAUGACUCCUCCUCAAACUCACCAGAGCCACUAAAGCACGUGAGAUUCUCUGCAGUGAAGGAUGACCUCCCACAGAGUCCGGGGCUGGUUCAUGGCCAGGAAAUGGGAGAAUUUAGUGUUUUAGAAUCUGACAGGUUGAAGAAUGGAACAGAAGAUGCAGGGCACAUAGAUGAGUUCUGGAAUGACCCGCAGCCUUCCCAAUACAGAAAGCCUUUGCCUUUUCAGCCAUCAGCCUCAAGCCCAAGUACAUCAAAAAAUGAAACACAUCAGCCAACGACUUCUGGUUCCUUUCCAAUUAAUGAGGACCAUUCUCCCAAAGAAGUUUUAACUACCAGAGCACAGUCCACUGAGAAUUUACCCACCAUCAAUGAACACAAAGCUAACUCACCAGAAUUGUCAAGGCUUGAAUCAGAAUUGUCCAAAAGCCCUGCUGAUGAACUGUCUCUCAUUGAGCCUGAGUCAUCUCAGGUGCCAGAUCGCAGUUCUAGAGACCAUCAGCAAGGUAAGCCCCCUCUUCUCAAGGCCAUGAAAGCUAAGAUGUCCUCACGCUCUGGUCCAUAUGCCACUGAGAUAAGGAAGACAACUGAUGAUUCUAUAUCUAAAGUCCUAGACUGGUUUAACCGAAGUUCUCAUUCAGAUGACGAUAAGUCAUCUCUUCAAUACCCCCAAGAAUUAGAGCCCAAAGGAAAAACAGACUCAAAGUCCCGGAUUGCUAUUGCCUUGGUGACAGAUGAUACCAGUCAAAAAGAAAAUGGCUCAAAGGCUGUAUUAUCCACCAAAGAUGAAUUGACACCUGUGGGAUCUGAUUCAACGUUCCAGGUAGAGGAAAAUAUGCUGCCUUUUGGAAAUGGCCAAGAUGAUGUGACAAUCAAACCCAAAUCUAUUGAUUUGUCGCUACAAGGCAAGGAAAGUCCAGGCAUAUUGCAACCAUUUGAAAUCUCUAGUCCAAAUCAAGAGAGUAAAACUAUGGACUAUAGCCAAGGUUCAAAAAAUGUAGGAGAAGGAAUUGGGGUACUUCCUCCAACCGAUAACUAUUCCUACAGUGUUCGUAAAGGAUCUUGCACAAAAGAUCAAGUUCCAUGCCACAUUAAGGAUGUUGACAGCUUAGGUGAAGAAGAGCCCAAGCUUUGUGUUUAUGAAAAAAAUAGAAGAAACUCAGAAGUGAAUUUUGACUCUUCAACAAUUAUCAAAGGAACAAGUUUGAAAGACAACAUGAAGGCAGAGAGAGAGAGCAAAGGAAGAGAUACUCACAUCCUAAAAGCUUCCUUAGAAUCAGAGAAUACAGAGUCACCACCUAAGGAUGCCAACAGUAAAUCUCCUUGGAAGAAGCCUGAGGUCCAACUACAAGAAGCAAGUGAGGUUCCCAAGAACCAAGUGCAAAGAGAGAAAUAUAAAAGAGUGAGUGACAGAAUAUCCUUUUGGGAAGGUGAGAAAGCUGCUGUUAACUUAACUCAUAAAGAACCCACAUCUUCAUUCAGUCAGGAGCCACCUUCUGCUAAAGCACAUAAGCCUGUGAAGUCCAUGGACAGUUUAUCUAUGGGCCGAAGUAAAUAUAAUAAUCAAGUCACUGCCAAACAAGUGGUCCUAGAUAAGGAUGGUCAAGCAGCCCAUCUCUCCAAUUUUUAUUCCUCAAAUAAACCUAAAGAGACCAGGCCCCAAAUAUCAGUUCUAUCCAAAAACGGUCCUUCAGCUGACCAAUCAGGUAAAGUGUCUCUGCUUCAGAAUAAGACAACUGAGCCUAUAAAAAGAUUACCAGUGACAGACAGUUUGCAUUCUGAAAAGGACGUCACUUUUCCACCACUGCAACAUCCUUCAAAUAUUGGGAGUGAAAUACAUACCUCUUUGGAGAAAGACAGAUCUCUAAUUGAUGAAUCAAAUCCCAACUUUAAAGUUAUGCCCCUAAAAGAAAGAAUGGAUGAACCCAAUACAGAACAGGUCUAUAAUCACUCUCAAUUUGAGAAUUUGAGGAAGUUUUGGAACUUAGGAACCAAUCCAAACAGUCAAGAUAAUAUUGAGAAGAAUACUACCACAAGCCAAAAAAAUUCUGUGCCUUUUAAUAGCCAGAAACACCAAGAAUUCAGUGACAUUAAAUCAUCAGGAAAAAAUACCCAUGAAAGAGAGAUGCUUCUAAGCCAGAAAAAUGUUCCGGCAAGAGAGGAAAUAGAGAAAUUAAAUUCAAAGGGCACACGCCAGGUGUUACCAGAUGAAACCACAUUUCCAUUGAGACCACCCAGAAAGUUCACUCAUCAGUUGCCAGGAUAUGAGUCAUCAAAGGAAAACAUGGGAAAAAAUACAGAAUGGUUUGUUACUCCAGUGUUCAAGGAAGAAAAGGAUUACUCUGACCAAGAGAUUCAGGAAUCCAUAGUGAAAACAAGUGUUUUGUCUAAAGACUACAGAGACACAUUUAAUGACAGCUUACAGAAGCUGCUUUCAGAAGCCUCCUCACCAGUCAUCCAGCCUUCUGGUGGAAAAGUUCAUGAAAAACAAGUGCUUGAACCAGGUAUUCCUGAAAAUAGGACAUGGCCUCAAAAGACAGAUUUUGCUGAUACUGAGGAAGAAGGCAAAGGACCUAAGGAGAUCAUUAAUGAGCAUAUAGACAAAACAGUAGCUCCUCCAAAGGUCAAUUCGAACACUUUGACUACUAGUCUAGACAAACUCCUUAAGGAAGCAACUGGAACUCCACCCUCUCCCCUGCAAACCACGUGUGAACCCCUUACCACUAGGAUCAACUCUGAGUCUGAAGAGAGUAAAGUUUAUGAAAAAGGGAUAGAACGGAGUCAGAACACAUCAACCUAUCAGAGAGAGAUAACAGCUUCUUUUCCAGAGGCAGAAACUUUGGGAGAUACAGCUCUCUCCCAGAAAGCUCAAAGUGGUGAGUGCCAGCUAAACACGGAGAACUUAUUUCAGAUGGCUGCAGAAGGGACUCACCCAUUUGAUCAGCCUUCCCAUCACCACAGAAAGGGUUCUUUUGGGGAUGUGGCCAACUGUCCCCAAGAUAAGCCUUCUUCUAAGGAUGCUCAUCUUGCUCCUCAGAAUAAGGCACUACCUUCUCAAAGGGAAAUUUCAGAGACUGUAGAAAAAGUUAUUCUUGCACCCAAACCUGCAUUGAAUGAUGUAAAGGCUGUAUUACAAAAGCUACUCAGAGAAGCUUGGUUGAGUUAUCCAUUUGGGAGGGAAGUAGUUUCUGGAGAAGUAAAAGCAGAACUUCCUGAAGGUGCACAGGUAGAAGGUAGCCCCCCAAAUUCUCAGGAAGUUAUCCCACCACAGACUGCAAUGGACAGCAUAGUUCUAGACAAAAAGAAUGUUUAUCCCUUCAAUGUAGUUCCUGAUAAAACUCAUAAAGUUGGAUCUUAUUUAGCUGCCCAGGUGUCUCUAUCAGGACAAACCCUUAGCUCAUCUGCUUCUACUGUUGCUCAGUAUGGCAAAAAGUUACUUCAGGAAGUGACAGAAAUUGUGAGGGAGACAGUUAUUCAACCUAAAUCAGAGCUUCUUGAAUUCGAUGCUGGCUUAGAAAAACUACUGAAGGAAACAAUUGAAACCCCCUGCUCAAAAUAUGACAGUGAUACAGGGACUCCUUGCUCAUCAGAGUUAAUGGGUGGUACUGAGGUGCCCGGGCAGGCUGCUUCUGAAUUCCAUCGUAAGGAAAUAAAAGAAGCAGUAGAGAAGUCUGAGGCUCCAUCAGUUACUGAGAGUGCUUUUGAUACUGGUUUUGAGAGACUCCUUAAAGAAAUAUCUAACAGUCCUUCUUAUCAGCCCCAAGUGUCAGUGAAGGAAGAAACGCCUGAGAAGGGGCCUUCACAGUCAAAGCAGGCCAGGUUCUUGGGGAACCUGCCUCCUUUUUACUGGACAGCCUCAGAGGCCUCAGAAAUGAAACUUAAGAGUAAUGUUUUCAAAUCUCAAGUCAACCAACGUGAUAAAGUGUUGGGAAGAGACAAAGUUGUGACUGAUUUACCAAUAGAUCUCUAUGGUUCUAAAAGUGGGGUUGGGAUCCCUGGAACCUCACAACUUUCUGUGGACCAUGAAACAGGGGCCACUGAAAAUAUAAAACCCCCAGAGGACAGGGAUAGUGAAAGUGAGAUGGCAGUGGUUCGAGAAGGGGCUUUUCAGGAGCCUGGUUUCAAAGAGGCUCCUGAAGCAAUUAGUGUGCCCAGAAAUACGCAACCCACUCCUCUCCUGAUGAACAAAGAAAACUCUGCAAAAAUAAGUACAGUUGAAUCGAUUCUAUCGUCACGAUAUAAAAGACAAGAGAAAAAGGAAGAAGAAGAAGAUUUCUCUGACUCUGAUUUUUCAGAUGGAAACAUCGGUUCUAAUACAGAAAGCUGGAGAAAUACCUCCAGUUCAGAAGAAGAACCCAGUCCUGUUUUGAAAACUUUGGAAAGGAGUGCUGCUAGGAAAAUGCCUUCCAAAAGUCUAGAAGAUAUUUCAUCAGAUUCAUCAAAUCAAGCAAAAGUAGAUAAUCUGCCAGAAGAAUUAGUACGUAGUGCUGAAGAUGAUCAAAAAGCAGAUCAGGAACCAGAUACAAAUGAAUGCAUUCCAGGAAUUUCCACAGUGCCUUCACAACCUGAUAAUCAGUUUUCCCACCCUGACAAACUCAAAAGGAUGAGCAAGUCUGUUCCAGCAUUUCUCCAAGAUGAGAGUGAUGACAGAGAAACAGAUACAGCAUCAGAAGGCAGUUACCAGCUCAGCAGACACAAGAAGAGCCCAAGCUCUUUAACCAAUCUUAGCAGCUCCUCUGGCAUGACGUCCUUGUCUUCUGUGAGCGGCAGUGUGAUGAGUGUUUAUAGUGGAGACUUUGGCAAUCUGGAAGUGAAAGGAAGUAUUCAGUUUGCAAUUGACUACGUGGACUCACUGAAGGAGUUGCAUGUCUUUGUGGCCCAGUGUAAAGACUUAGCAGCAGCGGAUAUUAAAAAACAGCGUUCGGACCCAUACGUAAAGACUUAUCUGUUACCAGACAAGGGCAAAAUGGGCAAGAAGAAAACACUUGUAGUGAAGAAAACUUUGAAUCCUGUGUAUAACGAGAUACUGCGGUAUAAAAUCGACAAGCAAAUCUUAAAGACACAGAAGCUGAACCUGUCUGUCUGGCAUCGAGAUACAUUUAAGCGCAAUAGUUUUCUAGGGGAAGUGGAACUUGAUUUGGAAACUUGGGACUGGGACAACAAGCAGAAUAAACAAUUGAAGUGGUACCCUCUAAAGCGGAAGACGGCACCAGUUGCCCUUGAAGCAGAAAACAGAGGUGAAAUGAAGUUAGCUCUCCAGUAUGUCCCAGAGCCAAUGCCUGGUAAAAAGAUUCCAACAACUGGAGAAGUGCACAUCUGGGUGAAGGAGUGCCUUGAUCUACCACUGCUAAGGGGCAGCCAUCUAAAUUCUUUUGUUAAAUGUACCAUCCUUCCAGAUACAAGUAGGAAAAGUCGCCAGAGGACGAGAGCUGUGGGGAAAACCACCAAUCCUGUCUUCAACCACACCAUGGUGUAUGAUGGGUUCAGGCCUGAGGAUCUGACGGAAGCCUGUGUAGAGCUUACAGUGUGGGACCAUUACAAAUUUACCAACCAGUUUUUGGGAGGUCUUCGGAUUGGCUUUGGAACAGGUAAAAGCUAUGGUACUGAAGUGGAUUGGAUGGACUCUACUUCAGAGGAAGUUGCUCUCUGGGAAAAGAUGGUAAAUUCCCCCAACACUUGGAUUGAAGCAACCCUUCCUCUCAGAAUGCUGUUGAUUGCCAAGAUUUCCAAGUGAACCCAAAUUCCGCUGGCUCCUCCACUGAAAACUGCUAAACAGGUGGAAUCUGAUCUUGAAAAUGUUGCUAUGUAGACAUCAUCUUCUAUCUAUUGCUAUAACAAAUGCUACUCAGCAUGUUAAAGUCAACCUGCAUGUACUUCUUUGGUUACAAGGCCCAAGAGAUUUAAACGAUAACAAAAUGUGUAACUUAUUUGUGACUCCAACAUUACAGAAGAUGUUUGAGAAAGUUAAGAAAAUCAGACCGUUGCUGCUGCUUCAAAGAAAAAGCUGCCAAAAAAAAAAAAAAAAAAUUAAAUGUGGGAUGUUGUUAAUGAGCAAAAUUUUCCAAUUUGCCAUCAUGUGUUUUUUUGUUUUUUUUGUUUUUCAUUUUUGGCCAUGUCCCAAGGCUUGUGGGAUCUUAGUUCCCUGACCAGGGAUCAAACCCGUGCCUCCUGUAUUGGAAGUGCGGAGUCUUAACCGCUGGACUGGCAGGGAAGCCCCACCACCAUGUGUUUCAAGCCAAAAUUUUAUGCUACAGUUAGGAGGGCCUGCCACUUGAUUAUGGAAAACCCUUACAGGAACUGAAAAAAUGUUGGUUGUAGAGGAGUGACGGAAAGAUACUCCUACAAGGGGAAAAAAGGGCAGAAUAUCAGUGACGAUAAAGAAUUUGUUCAUAAGGAAUGAUUUACUCUGAAAUGUCUAUUGAAAUAUGGAAUUCCAUGUUAGGGCAAUAAGACUGAAUUUACUGCAUGUAUUUUUCCUUGAGAAAAAAAGUCUCAAAUGUGCUUUGGUGCCACCCACUGGUCAUAGGUGGAAUUUAGUUUGGGGCUUAAUUUUCUCCUAAGUCUCAGGCCUGUAUUUUGUAAUAGAGUACCCAUAUACAAAACAAAGACAAAAACCUGGCGUACAUAAGAUUGUUUUCCUUAUAACUCUACUAUGUGAAAGCAGCAUGAGAGUGGUCUCAGUCAUGUCUUACAACAAAGUUUUAAUUAGAAUGUAAAUUGUUAAAUUAUCUGUACUUCCUAUGUAUGUAUAAUUUUCAUAAAGUAUUUUGUAAA